AUGAGUUUCCUCGUUAGAACAAGAACUCCUAUUUUGCGGGGACUUUCUAGUAUUAGGAUGUAUUCUGGAGAACCUGGCUCUGGAGCUGGCAAGGGUGGCGGUGGUGGUGGUGCCAUUCGUGAAGCAGGUGGAGCAUUUGGCAAGAUGGAAGCUGCAAGAGAAGAUGAAUACUUCUACAAGAAGCAAAGAGAGCAACUGGCCAAUAUUAAGAGUCACUUAGACAAAGAAAUAUCCUUCCACCAAGAACAGAUCAAGCGUCAUGAAGAUGCUAUCAGACGUCACAAGGAACAAGUGGCUGAAAUGAAUGAGCAGAUCAAA